GACGCUAACGGCACUUUUGCGGCAGUUCAAGUUCCUGCCUCUUGUGAACCAUGAAGGAGGGAUUAGCUUUAGUUUUAGUCGUUUUUUCACUGUCCGCUACUGUCAAUGGCGGAAAGAAAUUCAAAGUGGAUGUCAAGGCAACGAAGGCGCAUGGACCAGGCCUUGAACCGGAUAAAAUAGUGAUCCCCGUGCGUUAUUUCUUCAUUGAAAUUUACGACACGAAAGGCAACAGGAUUACUAAGUCAGUAGGAAAUCCUUUUAAAGUUCUAGUUGAGGGUGAAACCUUUGAUGGAAGAAACUGUCGAGUUUGGACUCAAAUUCUUGAUCGCUAUGAUGGGUCAUAUAUUGUCCGGUAUCGCACAUACCAGACAUGUACAAAAACCAUCAUUCAUGUGCUCUACAAUAGUCAGCACAUAGCAGAGUCACCUUACAAGAUACCAGGUCCAGUGUAUGCUGAAGAUUGUUACUGCCCAAAUGGUGAUACAGUGGAAUGGAAGGAGAUUGUAGGAUGUCCUGGCAACUAUUCACAGAUCGAGAGAGACCUUUCACUCUUUCAGGAAGUAGACUUUGAUGAAGUCCUAAAAGAAGCAGCUGUAAGAUUCAACCAGGCUGGAUCUCGCAGUUUUUGUAACUACAUUGUUAAAGAUAACAAAAUCUACCGAAAGUGCUAUGGCCAGCAUGUGGGCUUCAAUAUGUUCAUGGAUAACAUGCUUCACUCCAUGGUGCGGAAAAUGGUGCUUCCUGAUAUUGAAUUCAUUGUUAAUCUUGGUGACUGGCCGUUAGUGGACCCCAAAGUAAAGCCAUUGAUACCAAUAUUCUCAUGGUGUGCAUCAGAAGACACAGCAGACAUUGUGAUGCCAACGUAUGACAUCACAGAAGCAACAUUAGAGAUGAUGGGAAGAGUGACCUUAGACUUAUUAUCAGUCCAGUCCAACAAUGAUAUCCCUUGGCCUUUGAAGAAAUCCCAAGCAUUCUGGCGAGGUCGGGACUCUCGUCGCGAGAGGCUAGAUCUAAUAGAUAUCGCCAGGCAGAAUAAUCACCUCAUAAAUGCUUCCUUGACCAACUUCUUCUUCUUUAAGGAUGAGGAAAGCACAUAUGGCCCUAAAGAGAAGCAUGUAUCUUUUUUCAAAUUCUUUGAUUAUAAAUAUCAACUGAACAUCGAUGGCACCGUUGCUGCCUACCGCUUUCCGUAUCUUCUUGGUGGAAGUAGUGUGGUUUUAAAACAAGAAUCACCAUACUAUGAGUUCUUUUAUCAUGACCUCAAACCAUAUGUUCACUUCAUCCCUUUCAACCGGGAUCUCUCAGAUCUGAUUGAGAAAAUUGAAUGGGCAAGAGUAAAUGAUGACAAAGCACAGGAAAUAUCAAGAAAUGGUAGAAAGUAUGUGCAAGAGAAUCUCAUGCCAGAAGCUAUAUACUGCUACCAUGCUGCACUCUUUGAGGAAUGGAGCAAAAGACUUACAUCAAAAGUGAACAUCAGAGAAGGUAUGGAACAUAUUCCUACACCAGAAAAUGAGAAACGUUUUGGAGAUUGCCGUUGUCAUCGUCUGAAGCGUCACGAUGAGCUCUAAAAACUAAAGAUAAAAGAUACAGAUUAGAGUCUGUUCUCCAUGACAAAUUUUUGUUCUUUUUAAAGAAUUACUACAAGUUAUCCUAAGAUUCUUUUUCUAGAGGUUAAUUCCAUAAUUUAUAAGAUCAUCAUAGUAAUUUGGUCAAAAAGAUGUGCUCUAUUGAUAUAUAUAUACUUUCUUGUCUACAACCCAUGUGUUAAUAUAUUUGUUGACUCUAUGUAAAUAACAUAACUUAACUUAACUCCUAUCUUUUUCUUUGACUAAAAAAUUUUGUAUUGUAUUAAACAUAAAGUUAUCCUAUUGAUGCCUUAUUUUAAAUACUUGAAAUGACUAAGUGAUGUUUAAUCACAUGUGUUUUGGCAAGAAGUAACAAUGCUUACAUGUUCAGAGUGAAAGGUAUGGUUGGAAGUGGUAUGCUAUUUCACAGUAUUUCUUCAGUUUGUUAAGGAUAAGAAAUAUAUUUUGUGUGAAUAUUUGUUAUUUAAUCUCAUCAUUUAUUUGUAUACUUUUAUAGUUGUUGUUGAUAUGAAGGUGCUAAUGAUGUUUACCUGCCAUAUAUACUCAAAACACAAUCAAAAAUAUACUAUGGCAUAAAUACCAUUUAAACAAGGAUAUUGCAUUUAAAA